GCACUAUGGCUUUGUUUACGGAGGUAGUGGUUGCUCCCACCUGUUGUUCGAUUCAAGUUGAGUUUAUCGACGAACAUUGUUAUCAUUCAAAAAUUUGUGCUGUGAAUUUCCAAUUUAUAAUCAGCAUGUAUCAUAAGGGAAGGAUCUAAUUAUUAAUGAAAUUUCUCAACAAAUUAAAUAGUAUGGAAAUGAGUUUGUUGAGGACCCUACUCAGGAUGUCACUUGCUCGAAAACAACCAAUUCUGUACGGGUUCUUGUUCCUCUUUGGUAUUUUCAGUCGUAUCACUCUUUCAUCAUGAAUACGGUAGUGAGAUGAACUUGUUCAGGACCCUAUGCUUCCUGCCAUUUACUCAUAGACAACAAGCCCUUCUGUGUGGGUUCUUGGUCGCCUUUGUAACAUGCAGUCUUAUCACUCUUUCAUCAAGACUAGAUAUGUGUCAGGAAAUGGUCCUGAUCCAACAACUACAUGAAUUACAAACACAGGUCAUACAACUGAAUGAUAACUAUAUUAAAAAAGAAGAAGAGUUGAAAGUCCUUAGGCAGCAUUUGGACAGGUUGCUCAACAAAUCUUCAACUGCAGACUUGACCAAGAUUCGUACCAGUUUAAAGACAGUUUCACAAGAUGUUACAAACUUGAAUCCCAUUAAAGAUACCCUCAUAGAUUCCUCUGAUACGAUGGAGCUGUCCAGUGGCUACAACUUCUCAUCUCAUCCACUUCUCAGUCCGUCCAGCAUCAAGCCAGCUUUCAUCAUGUCUAAAGGGCGGACAGGAGUUUCAGUUGCAUUGGGUGUACCGACAGUCAAACGUGAAAAUCAAACAUACGUCCUUGCCACGUUGCAAAAUUUAUUAGAUGGCAUGUCUCAAGAAGAAAAAGAUGAUACUAUUAUUAUUGUGUUCAUAGCUGAGACUAUUAAGGACUAUAUUCUUCAAAUAGCAAAUAGCAUAAAGAAAGACUUCAAAUCACACUCAGAUUCGGGACUAAUAGAAGUGAUAUCUCCUGCUGCGUCCUUCUACCCCGAUCUUUCCAAACUCGAUUCAAAUAUUUAUAACGAUACCAAAGAUCGAUAUCGCUGGCGCACCAAGCAAAACCUGGAUUACGCCUACCUCAUGAUGUACUCAUAUUCCAAAUCCAAGUACUAUGUCCAACUGGAGGACGAUAUUCUUGCAAAGCCUAAUUUUAUAACGACUAUGAUAGAAACCGCACAGGAGGAGACAGCUAGAGCAGCAGAGUCAUGGGUUUUGCUAGACUUCUGCAAAUUGGGGUUCAUCGGUAAAUUAUUCAAUUCGGAAGAUUUGCCACCAUUUGCUCAAUUCUUAUUGAAGAACCACACCUCAAAGCCUGUUGAUUGGUUACUACAGGAUUUCAUAUCCACCCGGGUUUGUCCCUUGGAAGAAGACCAUUUUCAGUUAUUUUGUCAACAAAAAAAAGAUCAGAUAUGGAUCAUCAAGACAUCACUCUUUCAACAUGUAGGCGUUCAAUCAUCAUUGAAAGGAAAAGUGCAGAACCUUAAGGAUGAAGGGUUUGGAGAGAUCGCCCUGUACUUCCCUCAUCGAAAUCCAGGGGCCACCGUCAUGUCAGAAGUGAAGGCGUUUAAACGCUACACUCUGGAUCGCGCCUACGUUGGAGAAACGUUUUUCUGGGGACUGGUAGCCAACAAAGGGGAUCAUCUCUAUUUCAAGUUCAAAGUACCUCUAAUUAUCAAAAGGUAUUUAUUUAGAAGUGGGAAUGUAGAACAUCCGUCAGACAUAUUUUACAACACGUCAGUUGAAGUACUGCCUGUGAAUCAUCUGCCGAAAACACAGAACACUGUGGCAGAUGGCUUCGUUAUUGUGGGAGAGUUCAACAGCAAAGGAGUUGCAGAAGGAAGCUUGGGAAGCCAGUAUGGUCUUAUAAGAGAGCUUAGAUUGACUAUCAAUGCAGUUAGUGAGCACCGGGCAAUUCUAAGUGAGAUUCACAUUCAACCAGAAAAAAGAAAUGAGUGAGAAAUCUCUAUUAGGCAGUGGAAAGUGUUUGUGGAAAUCUUCUUCAGCCAUAAUGCAAUUUAUAAUUGAAUAUCAGGAAACCAUCUCAAACAUCUAUAGAAAGUUGUGUACAGACUUAAGCGCCACGAACCCACGUCACUGAAAAAGUAGAGAAAGUUUAUCUUCAGUUGAACUCUGUAUUAGCUUGAUGAGAUGGGCGAAAUUUAGUGAUACUUCUCAAAACAAUUGCAUUCGAUGAAUUUCAUCGAUUGAGAAAAUCAUUUUCAUUGAAUAGAUUUUUUACUCAUGACGAUUUUAACCACCAGUCUUCAAUCUCUGUGAAAAAAAGAUUAUCAUUUUUUAUUAUUAGCAUUUCAUUAUGAAUAAGGAUAUAAUUUCGAGAUUAUUUCUAAUUUUAGUUUUAGUGCAGUACGGUAGCUUAUAUUUAUUCUUUGUUAAGCUUUUUGUAUAUAUAUUGUAUUUGGCGAAUAAAUAAAUUAUAUU